AUGGCGGACGACCACGAGGAGAUUAAGAGCAAAUUUGCUUUAGAAAGAACUGCAGCUCUUGAGGUCUUUGAUACAAACACAGCUGUGGAAGAGGACAUCUUCCAUGAAUUGAUUGAAGGCAGUCCACAUUUAUGCCUAUCAGUAAUAUGUCUGGAAGAAAAUAUCUCUGCUGGUUUGUGUGAAGAGUUUUCACCCACAAGAUCGUCAACCCCCAGCACAUGCACGGAUACUUUUUCACUCUCUUCAACUGACCAUGAAGAGACAGAGAGAGCAGUGCAUAUUCAAGCCACAAUGGCCAGCAACAGUUUUAACAAAGACUCUGAAAAGGCAAAAGGGAUUGUCCAAGAUGCACUGGAAAAAAAAUCUGGUGGUGAGGAAGUGCUUGAAGAAUACCAGAAAACUAAAACUUUAAAGCACAGCACCAGAUGUCAGCUUGUUAAUAUUGUUGUCAGUCACAUGACAGAAAUUCACGGGAGGAUCCCCACCCGCAAACAGAGGGAAACCUAUGCCUUGGGAAUUAUUUCUCUCUUUCCUAGCCUGAGAGACCCGUUUUCAACAAAGGGCUAUAUUAAUCAGGACUUUGCUCUGCUCUUCAAUGCUGAAACUUCCAACAAGUUUCUUGAGCGGUGGGAGACAGCAUUCAAGCAAAAGUUCAUCAAUGAAGCCCAGUCUCUUACAUCAACAGCAGAAAUUCGGUGUCUUCUCAAUGCAGCAUGUGGACAAGGUUCUGAAAAUGGGAUGAAGAAGACUAAGAUCAGUCCAACAGAGGCUGUUGACAGACUUGUGCAUUUCCAUAAGUCCUGCACCAGUAUUGAAGGCCAUCUCAGUGGGAGGGAGGGCCACCAGCCAUUCCUACUGGGAUCAGGAAGGAUUAAGGGCAGGAUCGACCACUUCUACGUCGUUGUGAACAAGCGCCUCAUCCCUUGCGCUGGAUCCAGCUCCUUGAGUGCCUUUGAUGAACUUUUUAAAGUUCACUAUGUCUUCAACCUGUCCUACGAGGAAUCCCUGGUCAACUUCUUUACCUUCCUGCAGACUACAGUUUACAACAUAGAUGUUGGUCUUUCAAGUGAGUCUCCAAGAGUAAGGGAACUGCGUGCAAAGCUUUUAAAUUAG